GAGCUUGGUGUGAAGAUGGCGGACGAGGAGGCCGAGCAGGACCGUAGUCCUGAGAACGGUAUCAGUGAAACGAUUGGGGAACUUAGACAACGGUUGAAAGAACUGCAAGAAGUCGUGAUUAGAGAAAGCAGCGACUCGCCAGUCCAAUCGUCUUCUGAGUAUUGCCAGGCGUUUUGUAGGACACUGCUGGAGUAUGCAGGCCGUUGGAGGAUAGAGGAAGAGCCUUUGCCACUGGUGGAAGUGUACAUAGCCGCCCUGUUGAGUUACGCCCAGGCCUCUCCAUACCUCUCCCUGCAGUGUGAAAGUGUUCCUCUUGUGGUUGAGAGGCUCUCAUUGAGUUUUGUGGAGCUUUUGCUGUCUCUAAAGAAUGACGUUCCAGAUGGCUUAUGGCAAGAAUUUAAGUCAUCUGUCCAGUUUGCUUACAGUAAGCUGCAGGAGAAGGGAAUCACUGAGCUGUCCCUGCUGUCUGCUUUGGCCCAGCAUGACGGUGUUUGGACCAACAGGGUCUUGCAGGGCCUUUUGUCCGGCGCAAACCUGCAGACUGAACAAGUUGAGGAGUUCCUGGUGCAGGAGGGGCUGUCCCUGCUGGAGAUGAGAGUGAAGCAGCUGAUGAAGGAUAGUCAGCUGGGGAAAGCUGCACUGCUGGCAAAGACAUGCUCUGAGUGUCCUGCCUUCCAGGGGAAGGGACCUUUCAAGCAGAUGUACCUCGUCUGCCUCUGUGCUACCUCAGAACAGGAUCAGCUGAUGGAUGAGCUUUCAAAGGAGGACUGCCGUGAUUCAUUAGAGAUGAUCUGCAACCUGGAGUCGGACGGAGAUGAGAGGGCAGCUUUCAGCUUAUGCUCAGCCUUCCUGACCAGACAGCUUCUCCAAGGAGAUGCAUACUGUGCUUGGGAGCUCACUCUGUUUUGGAGCAAGCUGCUGAAGCGGCUGGAGCCAUCAGAGCAGGCCUUCUUGGACAGAUGCCGACAGAUGUCCUUACUUUCCAAAACCGUGUACCACAUCCUGUUCCUCAUCAAGGUCAUCCAAUCAGAGAUUGACACCGUUGGCCUGCCAGUGUGCAUUGAAAUGUGCAUAAGGGCUCUGAGGAUGGAAUCAGAUGAUGGAAACACAAAGGCCACUGUGUGUAAAACUAUUUCCUGUUUGCUUCCCACUGACCUGGAAGUUAAGCGAGCCUGCCAGCUGACUGAGUUCCUCUUGGAGCCCACAGUGGAUUCAUACUAUGCUGUGGAGACUCUUUACAAUGAACCAGAUCAAAAACUAGAGGAAGAGAAUAUGCCUGUUCCCAACUCGCUACGCUGCGAGCUCCUGCUGGUUUUUAAAACCCAGUGGCCCUUUGACCCGGAGUUCUGGGACUGGAAAACACUUAAGCGUAAUUGUCUAUCGCUAAUGGGUGAAGAAGCUUCAAUAGUGUCAUCCAUUGACUUGCUGAAUGAUACUGAGACCCCUGAAGAAGAGGAAGACUUCCUCAGUCAGGAAGGAUUUAAGAAUAUCCCAGACCACUUAGUCAGCGGCACAUAUGAACUAAAAGAUAUAACAGACAAGAAACAGAAAAACAGAGAAAUGAAGAAACUGAGAGAAAAGGGUUUCAUAUCUGCCAGGUUCAGAAACUGGCAGGCAUACAUGCAGUACUGUGUGCUGUGUGACAAGGAGUUUCUCGGCCACAGGAUUGUACGACAUGCACAGACUCAUCUGAGCGGUGGCGAAUACAGCUGUCCGAUAUGUGCUCAGACCUUUUCCUCAAAAGACACAUUGAUUCCCCAUGUAACAUCACAUGUUAAACAGUCGUGCAAGGAAAGGCUGACUGCGAUGAAAACAAACAAGAAGUUGGCUAAUUGUAAAACAGCAACGCCUGUUAUUGCCGCAUUAAAGGCCAAGACAGAAAAUGAACUUUAUGAAAAUGCUGAUUCCCUGGGGCAAAAUGGUGGGUUGAUUCACAAUGUUCAGGCCAGAGUUUCUAGGUGCAUCACAGAGAGUAGUGAGGACAAUGUGUGCCCUGUUGGAAAAUGCAGAAGGAGCUUUAAAUUUUUCAAAAAUCUCAUUGCACAUGUUAAAGCUCAUGGAGACAAUGAGGAAGCUAAGACUUUCCUCGAAAUGCAGAGCAAAAAGGUUGUUUGCCAAUACUGCCGUCGCCACUUUGUUAAUGUUACCCAUCUUAAUGAUCAUUUACAGGUCCACUGUGGUGUGAAACCUUACAUCUGUAUACAGUUAAACUGCAAGGCGAGUUUCCUGUCCAACACUGAGCUCAUCAUACACAGGAAAACGCAUUCUGCUUUUAAGGCUAGAUGCAUGUUUCCAAAUUGUGGAAGGAUUUUCAAUGAGGCCUUCAAACUCUAUGACCAUGAGGCACAACAUUAUAAAACGUUCACUUGUAAAGCUAUGGACUGUGGAAAGGUAUUCCACUCACAACGGCAGCUGGAUUUGCACCAGGGGGAGCAUGCCAGACUAGAAGAGGAGACCAAAUCUUCUGAACAGACGUCACAAAAUAUGCAGCCUGGCCCUUCACUCAUUGAACAAAUGCUUUCAGGUCACGCAGGCCUUAAACAAGAGAAUUCCCAUGAGAACUGGAACUCUGAAUCUGCUAUUAUUUCAGACCCCGGAAGGCUGUCGGUGUCCAUUGAGAGUUUGCUGAAAUCUUCCCAAGCACCUGUGGAAACCUUAGGACAAUACACAGUCAAAGACGAACCACAUGAUACGCCUUUCUCAACCAGUCAGUCAAAUAAUUCUGUGAUUCAGCCUGUGAAUUCCCACAUGUCUGUUCAUAAUAGAAACAGAGAUGGUUUCGGUGGGCAUUCAUUUGAUUAUAUGAGACAACAGGAUCAACCAAUACCGCCAUAUGAAGCUAAUUUAGCUAACAUGCCAUAUAGCAGUAAUACAGAGAUCUCACGAGGCCAGCCCCAGAUGUUCCCCAGUAAAGCAAGUACUGGAUCAAUGAGUUACAACUCUGACACCAACUUACCAUUUCCAGGGCAGCAAGGGCCGAUGUGCAGUAGUAACCUGUUAACAGUGUCACCGCCCCAGAACUCCAUAGAGCCAGCGAUGUCGCAACCACUUCCACCAACAGUAACCCCACAGCCUCUUACUGGGAACAGACCAGAGAACUGUGUGACGUCUUCAGCUAGCACAGGUCCCCCUCCAGGACAGAGAGAGCGAUUUCAUUGUGCAUUUGAAACAUGUGCAAGACACUACAGCUCCUACAGAAGUGUUACCAAGCACAUGAAAACGGUACACCCAGACUUCUAUGAGCAAUGGAAAGUUGCUCGAACUAAAAUCAAGACAACCUACGCUCCAGCACCGAGCACAUCAUCUGCCAGGCAUCUCAGUUCACUCCCCUCCCUUCAGCACCAGCAGGGCAACACGGUACCAGUUUGUGGAGUUCAGAGGCAGAAUGUUAUCCAAUCACCACCUUAUACUAAUAUGGGUGCAAGUACAGACUAUAGUGCUCUGCAUUCCCAUUCCUCUUCUGCCCACAACCAGAAUGCUUCACUCUUGAUGGAAAAUGUUCUAAAUCCCAUUGUUCUCUCUCAGCUAGGAAGUGAUACAAAUCUAAUAACUGCACAGUCCCAAGUUUCAGGUAGUCAAAAUUGGCACUCAGGCCCUGAAAGUGAACAAAUUCAAAACUGUGGCUCUUCCCACGUCUAUCCAUCAAACAUGCAUGUGAUGCCACAAGUCGGUUCUACCAGUGCUGCUCUGCCAAUUGGUGUCCCAUCUUGCUCUAUAAUGGGAUCAACAAUGAACAGACCAGCACAGUCUUUGCCGUCACCACUUCUGAAAAAUGGGUCCCAGUCAGUUUUGACCUCCUACAUGGACCGUGCCAAGGAAGUGUCAAAACAAGCAGCUGACCACCUUCCACCCUAUAUAUCACCGAUGCAAAGCAACUUAGUCUCCGAUUCCAGGGCACCAGAAAAACCUAUAUCAAUGCAAAAUCAUGUGCAGUCCAGUUUUCCCUCACCAGACAGUGCAAGCCCAAAAAACCGUAACAACCAAUCUCCAAAUGGCUCAGUUGGCUCUGAAAACAGUCCUGAAAAUCAAACGAGAACCAGAAAAAACAGAAGGACCAAAUGGCCAGCUAUUCUUAGGGAUGGCAAAUUUGUUUGUUGCAGGUGUUUUAGACAAUUUAAUAGCCCUAAAUCCCUGGGAGGCCAUUUGUCCAAGCGUACAAUCUGCAAACCAUACGAAGAGUCGGAACUGAACACAGACCUGCCAGCAUCAUUUCUUGACCUUCUCAAUUCAGAGCAAACAGUUAGCACUGCACCACCACAGUUGUCUUAUAAUCCUGCUGCUGUUUAUCAGGAGAAGCCCCAUCAGUCAGCAAUACAUGGUUCAACAACCACAAAAGAUUAUCCCACUCCUAAUUAUCCACAAGAUAAUUUGCCAGUGUAUGGCAAUGGUGAGUCAAAUGAUGACAUACUCAAACAAAUCAUGGCUGAAUCCAACAUGUCUGAUCUUUUUGUACACACACCUGCUCCCCAGCCAUUGUUCCAAAACCCUUGUGUUCCCUAUGGAGCUGGUGAACGUUUGCCCGGGAGCUCAGUCAUACAGCAUACAGAAAAUGUCCAGCUGAAACAAGAGGACACUUCGUACAGCACCGCCCAUUAUCCUCAGACAAGCGUUAAUACGUUUGCUGGAAGUGAGUUCCCUGACCCACUUCUUACACAAAUUCUUACAGAAAACUCUUCCACUGCGCUUCCUGGAAUUGUUCCCACGGAUCACAGUGAAGGGUAUCACUCUGAGACAACCAUUCAGACACAAGAUACAGAUCAAAACCCAGUGAGGCAAAGACUGUUACCUGAUAGUAAGCUUAGUCCAGCAACAAGAAGUGGCAAGCAUUCUGAGAUGCAAAGGAAGACCGCUGAACAAGAUAUUAAGAAGAGACUGCGAGAGCAGAUUUUGUCUGUCGACUUUCAACGUAGAAACAGCUUAUGUCAUUCAAGCAAGACUGACCCUAAUGCCAAUUCAAAGACUCCCAAGUCUUUUGGUCCAGUGUGCAGUCCUUCCAAUAAUUCUGGACUUCAUCAAAUGUCUGGUAACGCAAUAAGUGACUCAGCAAGUGAAGGACAAGUCAUUCAAGAAAACUCUGCAAUCAUCCCAGGAACCUCUGGCGAAAUUAAACAAUUACUGAACACACAGAGCUUUACUUGUUUCAGAGAGACCUCCACCCCGCAGCAGGAGAUACUGAGCCCCACAGGCUUCGCAGCAAAUGAUGCAGAUCUUGAGCCCACUCAGUUAUCUGCCAGCCAGCAACAGUGGAUGACAGAAAUUCAAAGUGCAUUUGAAAGGCUUAACUUGGUCAGAGAAAUGUCUGAUCAGAUGUUGGCUAACACGGAACAGAAUAGCAAUCCCACAAACAGCCAGGCAGGAUCUGCAAAGGCCAUUUUGCGUAGAUCAAUAUCGUCACUGGUUGUUAAGCCAUUUGCUUGUGAGAAUGAGAACUGCACAUUUAGUUCAGUGUCAAGUGAAGCGCUUUGGAAACACCUCUCCAAAACUCACAACUACACACUUGAUAUGGUGAAUGAGGUUAAGAAAAGGUAUGGCCAAUAUGCUCCUUUCAAGUGUCAAAAAUGUAGUAAAAGAUUCACUCGUAAUUCAAACCUUCGUACUCACUACCAGUCAGCUCAUAAAUUAUCAGCUAAGGAAAUAGCAGAUCUAGAUUCCAAGCGCAAACUGGCCAAAGCUGCAGCUAUGCAGAACUGGCCUGUUGGAACAAACCAGGAUCCAUCAACUCAAACCACACCGGCUACUCCUUCGUCAGUGCAGAACAGAACUCAUCUAUAUUCACUCCAGGAUGCACCUGAUUGCCCAUCACAACCAUUUGUACCAUGUACUAACGUGGACAUAACUAAUCGGAAAUUCCAAGAUGACAGUCGCUCAACAGUCAUUCAUCCCUUGCAGACAGCUCCCGUGCACAAACAAGCAAUGACCCCGCCAGUAAAGGGCCAGAUCUCUGCAUCAGCCUUUGUGUCAGCACAAGCAGGGAUGGCAGCAGAACAGUGGACACACAGACGGCAAAGAAACUUUCCCAAGGUACCCGCUCAACACGCAAGUGGACACGUGGGACCCCCGUUGCUCAAAGGGUCGGCUCCUCUCACGCAGGCUCUGUCUGCCACGCGUCAGGCUAAUGGGCCUCCGCCUCUCGACAAACAGUCUGCCAAGCCAAGCAUAGACAUUACCAAGAAGACAAAAGAGAAGAAGCCAAGCUCAGGUGAUGCCACGAGUCCAUACAGACCAUAUCGCUGCGUUCAUCAAGGCUGCGUGGCUGCCUUCACCAUCCAGCACAAUCUGAUCCUCCACUACAGGGCUGUUCACCAGUCUGCUUUGUCAGCAUUGGAGGUGAACAAAGAGCAGGACCAGAGUGAGGGACUGGAUGAAAUAAUGGACCACAAUGAUGAGGAGCCAGAGGCAGAGAUCCCCCAAAUUUCUGAAUUCAGAUGCCAGGUCAAAGACUGCUCCCGAGUUUUCCAAGAAGUCCCCAACCUUUUGCAGCAUUAUCUUCAGCUGCAUGAAUUCAGUCUUGAUAAGGUUGGUAAUAUCUUGUCCAUCAUUAAACUGGGCAGGUUUGCUUGUGGCCAUCAAGGAUGCACAGCAUCCUUCACUGCUUUCUGGAAGUAUAUAGGGCACGUCAAAGAACAGCAUAAAGAUAUGAAGUUGGCCAAACCCGAACAAUUAAAUGGCUCGUUCAAGUGUGAAAUUGAAGGCUGUGACCGUUCGUAUGCCACAAAGUCAAAUCUGCUCAGACAUGUCAUGAAAAAGCAUCAGGACCUCUACCAGCCUAAACUAAAGAAUCAACAGAUAAAAGAAGAUGGGAUGAAACAGAACUCUAAAACUUUGCAUUACCAAAUUACCAAGACGAGUAAUGGAAAGGAAAACAUUGAGAGCAAUAAAAAGAUCCUACAGCGGGGAGGUGACACAAAGAGAGUUAGCAAGGUGAAAAAAAAUCACUGGACUAAAUAUGGAAAACCCUCCUUAAAAUCUAAAGUGGAGGCAUCUGCAAUGUGCACUAAAAAAAUUCCUCUACAAUACCCCUGUAUGAUUAAAGGUUGUGAGUCAGUCAUGAAGUCAGAGAGGAGCAUAUUGAAACAUUACGUGGGACACGGACUGUCAGAAAAGUACCUGGAACAGCAAAGGAGUCACUUCAUAUUCUGCAAAAAGUUCCCCAGGCAGAAGUGCCGACCCAUCAGGAGUGAUGACUCCAAAUCAGACAACACGUCUGACCUGUCAGACAGUGAGGUGACAGCCGACACCGGCCUGGAAGGGGGGGAAUAUGGAUAUUCAAAGCCUGUCCUACGCAAAAGGACCACCGCAGGAAUCCCCGCUGCAUUGUUCGACAGCAAAUUGUCAAAUGAUGAAAGUUCCGAUGGCUCUAUCGUACUAAAACGCAAACGAGGACGUCCAAGAAAGCUGAUCGAAAACAUUGUGAAACGCAAGAAAAUUCCGCGUACGACCAAGAUUGAUGUCGUUUACAGCAGGGACGAUGAAUCCGACUCCUCUUGCCCCGCUGUAACCCAGGAGGAGAUGACUGAGCAGAGUGCCACACUGGCCUCUUUUAAACCAAUGGGAUUUGAAAUGUCUUUCUUAAAAUUCCUGGAACAGUCAAAUAAAUGUGAACACUCCUUGACGAGGAAUGUUGAUGUACCAGAAGUACGGAGAAAAACAAACAGUCUGAAUAGCAAAGACACCUGCGUCAGGUUCAGCAACCGUCAGAAUUUGAAGUCCCUCAGUAAGGUUAAAAUAAUCCUAGACAGGGCCUUUUCAGGUGUCACAGACCUCAUGUUGAAACAGCUGCAGGACAUGCGGCCCACAGUGGUAUUGGAAAAAAAUGACCAACCUGUCUGUUUUUGAGAAGCAGAAUCUCAGGAUGAGUCAAAUCUGCUGCAGACUGGUGCCCUGCAUAUGAAAGGUUUUUACACGUCCAGUUAUUAAAAAAAAUGUUGUUUUGAAUUAUACUGUAAUAUUAUCUGUACACUUUUUGUCUCUUUUAUAGAAGUGUAUAGCAUGUUUUUAUUUAUGGGCUAUUAAGUCAAAAAGUUAUCUGACCAUUUGGCAGAAAGUUGAAACAUGUCAUCAGCGUUUGGCGUCUUAAUUAUCCCUGUGGGACUUCCAGGCAGAUGGACUUUGACAUGGACUAUAAUGUUAUGUGUAGUUGUGAUUUAAAGAUGUUGAUUAUUGUGCGUUGUGUAUAUAGUUUGAAAUCACCCACUGCCACCAGCAGUCUUACUAUUAAAUGAAGAGCUUUUUUACAACCA